UUUUCUUGUUGAUCGUAAUACGAGCACGUCGCUUAUAUUGGUCGCAAUAAUACAAAUACACGAUGGAUGAAGCUUUGACUACACCACCUAUAUUUCAAUUACAUUUCUCUAAGCAAAUAUAUUGUGUCGAAUUAUCCCCUUACGAAUGGUCUCAACAAUUAAUUUGUGUCGCCUUGGCUGAAGAAAUUGUUAUUGGUACUAUUAAAUUUCAGGAUGAAGAUGAAGCAGUAGAAGACAUAGCUUACAAUCCUUUUAGAACAUUUCGUCAUGAUACUAGACCACAUGCUAUUGCUUGGAGUCCUGAAACCUCCUUAAGCGUUGUUCCAAAAGUUAUAAUGUUUUGUGUUGCUGGAGCAGAUUUCAAAAUAAGAUUAUAUAGCAGUGAUAUGAAUGAAAAUACUGUAUGUGAGAUGGAUGGACAUAAGGAUUAUAUAAAUUCACUUUGUUAUGAAACUGAAGGUGAAAUAUUGGCUUCUGUAUCGGAUGAUCAUACUUGUAAACUUUGGGCUGUGAAAGAAGAUGAAAAAUGUAUAUCCACAUUUUAUUUAACAUCUCCUGGAAUGAGUGUAUGUUUUCACUCUGAAAAAUCUGGCAAGCUCCUUGUAGGAGAAAAAAAUGGAUUGAUUCACAUGUAUGAUGUGCGAAGCCAACAAGCAAUUAUGUCUUUAGAUGCAGAUAUUGUUCCCUUAAUGUCAAUUGAUUGGGGUCCCAAUCCAUUAAAAGUUGCAGCUAUGGUAGCUGGAAAAUUAAUCCUAUGGGAUGUAUCUAAACCUAGCCCACCUUUAGAAUCAAAACCUCUUCAUAUUGAAGGAGGAUUAACAGUAAAAUUUUCUCCUAUUCAUGAACAUUUUGUAGCAAGUAUAGGAAGACCAGACAAUUUAUUGAAAGUUACAAAUAUAAAAAUUGAACAAGAAAUACUUUGUGGUCAAGUCAAAUUAAUAGGUGGUAUAACUUGGCAUUAUAAGUUACCAUAUAUUUGCGCGACGAGUGACAGGGAAAUUCGUUUUUGGAAAGUAACUUCAAAUUAA